AUGCGGGGUAAGAUUGUAAUUGUCACGGGCAGUAACACAGGCAUUGGCAGAGCUACCGCCCUUAACAUAUGUAAAAUGGGCGCUACGGUGAUUUUGGCCUGUCGGUCCAUGGAACGGGCCAAGGCUGCACGUGAUGAGAUGCUUGAAGAACUCCACAGCCUGGAUGCGGGGCACCGCUUUGACUUCCCCUUCGCGAGGAAAGGCACCCUCGUUUGCAUGCGGUUGGACUUGGGAAGCUUCGCAUCCAUCAAAACCUUUGCAGAGGACUUUCUGGGGCGAUAUAAGCGGCUGGAUGCAUUAGUCCUGAAUGCUGGGUUGGCCAACGGCUCCGGACGCACCAAAGAGGGAUUCGAGAUCAUGUUCGGCACCAACUACCUCGGCCACUUUUACCUGACCAAGCUUUUGAUGGAUGUUGUAAAGGCUACUCCUGACUCCCGGAUUGUCAGUGUAUCCUCGCUCAUGCACGAGUUCGGGUGUUUGGAUUGGCAAGGAAGCUUGAGCGGGAAUUAUCGCGCUUUGAAAGACCGCAUUUUCUCCAGCCGCUACAACGAUUCCAAGCUGGCACUCGUCCUCAUGACACUGGAAUUACGACAUCGCUUGAAAGGCACGUCCGUCCGAGCAAUAGCUGUCUCUCCUGGUGCUGUUGCCAGUGAUAUAUGGCGUAGUUUCCCACUCUGGUACAGGCGCUUGGUGCUCGACCCAGUUAUGUCCCUGGCCUUUCUUUCCAAUGAGCAAGGAAGCAUACCCAGCGUUUACGCCGCAACCCAUUCCAAUGUCUCCGACGAGGAUGAAGACGACGAGACGAAUGUGCCGUAUUUUCAUCCGUAUUGGUCACCGUCCCCCUCUUUCCUGAUGCCCUGGGAGGUAAUGGGCCCCUUCAUAGGGUUCACGCGAGCGCGACCCCGCCUGCCGCGAAAUGCGCGAGCUGUGGCCAAGGAACUAUGGUUAUACCUCAAUCUUAUGGAGAUCCCUUUUAUUUAA